GCUAUUUACUUAACACACGACGUUUUUUACAUGUCAAAAAAUAUAAAAUAUGUAUCUUCUAAACCAUCAUUGCGUACAUAUUUCCCGACUUCCCACUAACGAGGAAUAUUCAACCACAUUCCACAAUGAAAGCAGCAAUCAUCGGUUUGUUCGUACUAGUAGCCAUAGCUCUUACCUUUGAUGAGUCGGAAGCCAUCUCGUGUACCCAAAGUAUGUGCAAAUUAUUUAAAUGUGCUCAGCCAAAAUGUAUCCCCAAACAAGUACUUGUCAAGAAAGGAGGCUUCUGUGGGUGUUGUGAUCUUUGCGUCACUAUUUUGAAGGAAGGAGACAAUUGCCUAGCGCAGAUAUUUUCUGGAGGAACUCCAGCGACAGAAAGAUGUGGAGAUGGACUUCAGUGUAUCAACGGAGUCUGUAAGAGUUUAUAGGCGCUCAACUGAAAAAUCUCAAGGGAGCAUUGAACAAAAAAUAAAUGUACAAAUUGUUGUAGUCAUUUGUUUUCUUUUCACCCUCUUUUUUGGAGAUAAGAUGUCUGUAAAUUAAGUGCACUGGAAUGAUUUGCUUCAGACUUGGGCACAGGGCAACGGGAACUGUUGCUAAACAGGCAUACGGUGAUGGUGUUUU